AUUCUAAAAUACUUCCUGUUAUCCCUACGCAAGUACAGUGCGUUGGUAAUUUUGAUAAUAAUUGUAUUAUUGUUCUUGUCUUUUAUUCUAUCUAUGCCUCGUUUCUUCAUGCUUAGGCUACUGUGUACUACUAUUCUAUGCGUAAUCCACAUAUUUACAUUGAUCAACAAUGCAAAAGGAAAAGAGUUUACCGAUGUUGAAAUGGCUCAGUACAGAGAGAAAAUCAAGUCGAUGUUUUACCAUGCUUACAAUAGCUACUUGGAUAAUGCUUAUCCAUAUGACGAACUCCGACCACUGACAUGUGAUGGACAGGAUACAUGGGGCAGCUUUUCAUUGACUUUAAUAGAUGCCUUGGAUACAUUACUGAUUCUAGGAAACCAUACCGAGUUUCAACGUGUGGCAACUCUCCUUCAGGACUCUGUGCACUUUGACAUUGAUGUUAAUGCAUCUGUUUUUGAGACUAACAUUCGAGUGGUGGGUGGUCUUCUCUCUGCCCACCUUCUGUCAAAGCGUGCUGGGAUGGUGGUGGAGCCUGGCUGGCCCUGUUCUGGACCCCUCCUUAGGAUGGCUGAGGAUGCGGCACGAAAAAUCCUCCCUGCUUUCCAGACCCCCACAGGGAUGCCCUAUGGCACGGUGAACCUGCUGAGAGGGGUAAACCCUACAGAGACCCCUGUCACUUGUACAGCCGGCGUGGGCACCUUCAUCCUGGAGUUCUCAGCCCUUAGCCGACUCACUGGUGAUCCUAUUUUUGAAGAUGUUGCCCGUAAAGCCCUCUGGUCACUGUGGAAGACUCGCUCUGAGAUAGGACUGGUGGGGAACCACAUUGAUGUGAUCUCCAAGAAAUGGGUGGCCCAGGAUGCAGGAAUAGGGGCUGGUGUGGAUUCUUAUUUUGAGUACCUUGUGAAGGGCGCUAUCAUGCUUCAAGAUGAGGAAUUGCUGUCAAUGUUCUUAGAGUAUGACAAGGCAAUUAAAAACUACACCAAAUUUGAUGACUGGUACCUCUGGGUCCAGAUGCACAAGGGGACAGUUUCUAUGCCUGUUUUCCAAUCGCUGGAGGCUUUCUGGCCUGGGCUACAGAGUUUGAUUGGUGAGCUGGACAGUGCAUUGAGGACCUUCCACAAUUACUACUCCGUGUGGAGGCAAUUUGGAGGACUACCAGAAUUCUACAGUAUUCCACAGGGAUACACUGUAGACAAGAGGGAAGGAUACCCUUUACGCCCAGAGCUGAUUGAAAGUGCCAUGUACCUGUACAAAGCCACCGGGGACCACAUCUUUCUGCAGCUUGGUCGUGACGCUAUUGAGUCCAUUGAGAAGAUCACUCGGGUCCCCUGUGGCUAUGCCAGUGUGAAAGACAUCAGAGACCACAAGCUGGACAACCGCAUGGAAUCUUUCUUCCUUGCAGAAACUAUCAAAUAUCUCUACCUCCUGUUUGACCCGGACAAUUUUAUUCAUAACAGCGGCCUGGACUUUGAGGUGGGCACUGGCCCGAGUGAGGACUGUGUUUUUGGGGCAGGGGGUUACGUCUUUAACACAGAGGCCCACCCCCUGGACCCCGCUGCCCUUCAUUGCUGCAGCCGUAAGCAGGAGGAACGCAGAGAGUUGCAGGACAUUCUCCUUAACCUAUCAGAGCCCCUUGCCAAUCCACAGGAAACUCAGUCACAGAAGACAGACACUGAGACAGAGCCACCUGUCAUGGACUCUUCAGAGAGCAUUGCACUGAAGCCUGGGACCAGCAGGAAAUCCCCUCUCCUCUCCUGCCCUAUGCAGCCCUUCAGUGCACGGCUAGCUGUCAGGGGUCAAGUCUUCACAGACAGCACAUGAUGAACAUUUACAUAUCUAUUUGCUUUUUGUAGAUAUAACUUAAUGGAACACAAAUAAAAUAUUGUUUAUUA